AUGAAUCCCAAUUUGUUUCAAGAAGACUCCGGUGAUGAGGAGUUUAUGGGGAUCAUGUCGGAUUGUGUUGAUUUGCUUGAGAAAGGUGAAACAUCCGGGAGACCACGUAUACCACACACCGUCAUAAGAAGAGAUCGUGAAACUGCCGAUGAGCAACUAAUGGCGGAUUAUUUUGUUAAAGAUGCAAAGUACACGCUUUGGUAUUUUAGGCGCCGGUUCCGAAUGUUGAGACCGUUGUUCAUGCGCAUAGUUAAUGAUAUACUCUCGUAUCCGUCUCGACAUCCAGGUCAUGUGCCCGAGCAUUUUAGAAGAAUGCAAGACAAGCUUCUUGAUGGGCGAAAACGGGUGGGUUUUAGUACAAUAAAAAAGUGUGUGUCCGCCAUACGUCAAUUGGCGUAUGGAUACAACCCUGGCGCACUUGACGACUAUCUUCAAAUUGGAGAGGGAACGAGUAGAGUAUACCUAGACCACUAUUCCAAAUGUGUGUUUCAACUAUACAAAGAGGAGUACUUGCGCAGACCAACACCAGAGGAUAUAGAUCGAUUGUAUGAUAAAUACGAAGAGCUUCAUGGUUUCCCGAGGAUGCUUGGGAGCAUCGAUUGUAUGCAUUGGCCUUGGAAAAAUUGUCCUAAGGCAUGGCAAGGGCAAUACACGCGUGGUGAUCACGACCAUCCAACAAUCAUGCUUGAAGCAGUUGCCUCAUACGAUUUAUGGAUUUGGCAUGCAUAUUUUGGCACAGCGGGAUCCAACAAUGACAUAAAUGUGCUAAAUAAUUCCCCUGUAUUUAGGGAAAUCAUCGAGGAUCGUGCUCAAGAUUCUUCGUUUAAGGUUAACGGAACACACUACAGAAAAUGGUACUACCUCCGGAGUAGUCAAUGUUUGUUAAGUCGUACUCAUGCCCGCAAGAAGAAAAGAAGAAAAAAAUUCAAACAAUAUCAAGAAAGUGCGAGAAAGGAUGUUGAGCGUGCAUUUAGAUCUCUUCAAAAUCAAUGGCAUAUUCUAACCCAACCAGCCAGAGCUAAAAGCAUUAACCGGAUUUGUCGAACCAAGUACGCAUGUGUUAUAUUGCACAACAUGAUAGUUGAAGGCUCGAGCCACACCAUAAGCACACUUGAGGAAGACGGUUUAAUCCAACCACCUACUUUUCAACGUACUUUCGAGGAGAGGAUGGCGGUUCACGAGCGUACCAACAAGGAGCUUCGUGACCGACAUGUGCAUCACGCCCUUCGUCAUGAUCUUACGGAGCAUAUAUUGCGUCUUCCUUCGUCAUGA